AUGACACAAAAUGAAAGUGUAUGCUUCACAAGUACGACCAUGUCAGGUGUGCGGGAGUUCAGACCGCAAGUGGACAGUUGGUGCGACUGGGUGGAGAUCCUAGACUCCCAUUUUGUUGAAAUGGCUUGUCAGGACGACAAGAUCAAGCGGUCGAUCCUGUUAAAAAACAUUGGAAUGGAGGCUUAUGGACUGCUGCGGGACAUCUGUGAUCCGGAUCUGCCUGCAACCCAAACGUAUGAUAAAUUGUGUACGCUUUUGGGAAGUCACUUUUCAAAGCCGAUUAUUAUUUUUCGCGAGCGAAAAAUAUUUUUUGAUGCUGUUCGUGAAAAAGGGCAAACAAUUAUGGAGUGGUUUGCACUUUUAAAAAAAUUAGCAAGAAAUUGUAAAUUUGGGGCACAAUUAAAUUCGUUUGUUCUAAAUAAAUUCGUUACUGCUUUAGACGGUAGAACAUUCGAAAGAUUGUGUGAAGAAGAUGAGACCUUGACAAUUGAACGGGCAUUAAAAAUUGCAAUAAUUACGGAAGCAAAAAAUGAAGCUUUCAAACAGCAACAAACCCAUGAUGUAGAGGUUAAUGCCCUUUUUAAAAGAAAUUUGCAUUUCAAAGGCGCAAACAGUGCGAGUACGAAUAAAGCUUGCAUGCAUAACAAAAAUGCAAACAGCGGCAGCAGCAGCGGCAGCGGCAGUAAAAAGCAACGGCAGAGCUGUAAACACUGUGGUUGGAGAAACCAUGAAAAUGAUAAGUGUCAUCCCAAGUCACCACCUCCUUUCGUCAUUGAUGUAGAAGUGAACGGUGUUAAGCUCGCAUUUGUGCUAGAUUCUGGAGCAGCUUGUUCAUUACUUUCGAAAGGCGAUUUCCAUAAACAUUUUGGGAGAAUCAAGCUAAAGAAAUGCAACGAUCAGUUUGUCACAUACAGUGGUGAUAUUGUGGGGAUUUUGGGUGAGUUUAGUGCUUCAAUUAAGUGUCGUGGACAGUCGCACAAGUUGCGAAUUGUGGUUAGUGAUACGCUUAGCCGCCCUGUUUUUGGUAGGGAUUUUAUGUCACUUUUUGGGAUGGAAAUAAGCACACUGAGUCAGUUAGAUGAUAGAGUAGCGUUUCUAAAAAGUAGAUUUUCUACAGUUUUUGCUGAAGGGUUAGGAACGUAUAAGGUGCAUAAGGUUAAACUUAGUCUUAAAGAGGAUGCAAAACCUGUUUUUUGCAAGCCCAGGCCAGUGCCAUUGGCUUGGCGUAAAGAAAUCGAAAGACAGAUUCAGGAUUUGGUAAAAAAGGGUGUUUUAAAAUUAAUAGAGGAUUCAGAUUGGGGUACGCCGUUAGUACCAGUGUUAAAGUCUAAUGGUGAAUUACGUAUUUGUGGCGACUAUAAGUCGACCAUCAAUAAGCACCUGCUAGAUGUGAGGUAUCCGUUACCUAGGAUUGAAGAACUAUUUGCUUCCCUUAAAGGACAGUUCUUCACCAAACUUGAUUUGUCAAAUGCGUACAAUCAGCUUGAAUUGGUAGAAGAAUCCCAACGGUUAUGCGCAUGGAGCACACAUUUAGGUAUUUUUAAGAUAACCAGAUUACCAUUUGGUGUUAAGCCUGCCGCAGCCAUUUUUCAGAAAACUAUAGAAAACGCAUUGCGUGGUAUACCUAAUGUUGUUAAUUACCUGGACGAUAUUCUUAUAUCAGGAGAUACUAUUGAAGAGCAUAGUAACUCCAUUGAAAAAGUUUUGAAAAGAUUAGAGAGCGUGGGUUUGCGUUUAAACGCUAAUAAGUGUGUUUUCUUUCAAAAAACAAUUUCCUAUUUAGGUUUUGAUAUUGAUAAAAAUGGUUUGUCAAAAAACCAAGAUAGGAUUUCAGCAGUCGUUAAUGCUCCAAUACCGAACAAUUUAUCUGAAGUUCGUGCAUUUAUUGGAUUAGUUAAUUACUAUUCCAAAUUUAUUCCUAAGUUUGCUGAGAUUAUGGAGCCGUUAUAUGCAUUGUUAAGAAAGGGUGUUAAAUUCAGGUGGACAAAAUCAUGUCAUUAUGCCUAUGAAAAUCUUAAAAAGGAAAUUACAUCCGAUAGAUUCCUAGCUUCUUUUGACCCCAGUAAACCUAUUAUUUUACAAACGGAUGCGUCAAAUGUCGCUAUAGCCGGGACCUUGUCCCACAGUUUUCCUAAUGGAACAAUUAAACCGAUCGCUUUCGUAUCUCGAGCGCUUUCGACAGCUGAACGAAAUUAUAGUGCUAUUCAAAAGGAAGCACUAGCCAUAGUGUUUGCAGUAACUAAACUGCGACUCUAUCUGCUUGGUAAUAAGUUUGUUUUGCAAACUGAUCAUAAGCCGCUUUUGUCAAUUUUUGGUGAAAAUAAGGGACUACCAGUAAUGGCAGCAGCUCGUAUUCAGCGAUGGGCUUUGACAUUGUCUGGAUUUGAUUAUACCAUCGAGUAUGUCAAGGGGUCAGAAAAUUUUACAGACAAUAUUUCGCGUAUACCUCAAGAUUUGCUUCCUUCUGUAGAUACAGAGGAAAAUAAUUUUAAGGUAAUUGCAAAAGAGACUGCUCGCGACCCCUGUUUAGCGAAAGUAAAAGCCGCUAUUGAAACUGGGAAGUUACAUUUGUUAAAAGACAAAAUAUUUUCGCCUUUUCAAACUAAAAAUUUAGAGCUUUCGAUUGAGUGCGGAUGUAUAUUAUGGGGUUUUAGAAGUGUAAUACCUUAUACUUUGAAAAACCGUGUUUUAAAAGAGUUACAUGCAUCUCAUUUAGGCAUUGUAAAGACAAAAGCUUUGGCUAGGUCGUAUGUUUGGUGGCCUAAUAUAGAUAAGGAUAUAGUAAAUCUUAUAGAUAGAUGUAUUCCAUGUAAAAAGGUUCAGCCUAGUCCAAAGAAAAGCCCACUAAUUCCGUGGGAAAUGCCUAGCUCAGUAUGGUCGCGCAUUCACAUUGAUUUUGCCGGGCCAGUCAAGAAUGUUUACUUUUUAGUCGUAGUUGAUGCAUACUCCAAAUGGGUAGAAAUUUUUAAAACAAAGCAGAUAACAGCGGCAUUCACGGUGGAGAAAUUAGAAGAGCUAUUUUGUAGGUAUGGUUUAGUGGAUGCCAUAGUAAGUGAUAAUGGAACCCAAUUUACAGCAUGGGAAUUCCAACAAUUUUUAAAGGAUAAUGGCAUCAAACAGAUUCUUACACCUCCAGGGUUUCCAGCUACAAAUGGGCAAGCCGAAAAUUUUGUUAAAACUUUUAAAAAAUCUCUUGAAGCAAGUUUAAGCUCUGGUGAAAAAGGAAGUUUAGACAUAGUGCUUAAGAGAUUUCUAUUUGAUUAUCGUACUAUGAAGCAUUGUACAACAAGAGAGUCUCCAGCUAAACUUAUGUUAGGUAGAGAAAUGAAAACGCGGUUCGAUUUAUUAAAACCACCUUUAGUGAAAGACAGAGUGAGAGAAAAACAACUUAGUAACAUUCAAAACCAUGGGGGUUCUAGAGAUAUUAUUUUUACGGAAGGCACACCGGUCUUUAUCCGAGAUUUUUCAGACCCAAAUAAGGUAGGAUGGCAGGAAGCGGUAAUUAAGGAGCGUUUAGGUCGACGAACAUAUGGUUGCACAAUAUCAAGAACUAAUAGGGUGAUUAAGCGCCACGUCGACCAAAUGAUGGCUUAUAGUGGUAGUGCUAUAAAAAAUGACUUAACUACGAAGGAGUUGAACGGUGCUGCUGAAGAAUCAAGUCCAAAUGUAGAGUCAGCCGUCGCUACUACGGAAGGGUAUGCGACUGAGGAUGUAAAUGUAGGUAGUGGUUGCUCGCGUCUGCGAGAACGUAAAACUAAGAUUAAUUAUAAGGAAUAA